UAAAAAAACCCCGAAAUUAAGCAUGUUUUAACAAUUAUUUUUUAACACUACACACUGUUACACAUUACAAUUCGUCUCUUCGCUUCACUUCACACUACACUAUUUUCAUCGAAUGUAAGCCUCCUCCCUCGCUUGCUCUCCCCAAUCGCUGCCACUGAAUUUACUGACCGGCUCACUGCCGCCGUCGCAGCCUCCAAAAACACUAUCUGCGAUUCCGCUCUCUCAUUCUCAGCCUUAUUUUAUCUUUUCUCUAUCUCUGCUUCCGCCUCGUCUACUGUAGUAUCAGCCAUUAAUGGGGGAAGAAGGGGAGCAAGAAGCUAAGCGGCUUAAAGCGUUAGCAGAGGCUAAAUACAAGGCCUCCAACCUCAAAUCAGCUCUGAAAUAUGUGAAGCGAGCUCACCGUCUCUGCCCGAAGCUCGAUGGCCUCUCCUCCAUGGUUACCUCAUUUAAGAUCCUCCGUGCCGCUUCAAAAUCCACUACCCUUGAUUGGUACAAGAUCCUCCAGGUUGAACCCUUUUGUCAUAUUAAUACUAUUAAGAAACAGUACAAGAAACUGGCUCUCCUUCUGCAUCCUGACAAGAAUCCCCACCUGGGUUCUGAGGAGACCUUUAAGCUCGUGAAUGAGGGGUUUCGGGUUCUUUCGGAUAAGGUACAGCGAAAGGAGUAUGAUAUGAAGCUGAGAAUUCGGAUUCAAGAUGAAAAGAUUAAGGAAAGUGAGGAAUUGCCAGCAAGUAUUGAGACAUUCUGGACGGCUUGCUCAAGAUGCCGGCUUUCCCACCAGUUUGAGAGGAAGUAUUUGGGGCAUAAUUUGGUUUGCCCGAGCUGUAGGAAGUGCUUUGAGGCUGUGGAGGUUGGGAAUGGUGAGACUAAUAAGGACAAAGUUAGGGUUAGAAGUGAGAGGUUGAAGAGUAGGAAUUUGGAUGGUGAUGAGAGAAUUGCAGGUUGGAUCCCUAAGUCGAAACUGAGUAAGGUUGGAUUGGGAAGGAGCAAGAUGGACAGUGGUGAAUUGGGUAACUGGAGAGUGACAAGUGAGGAAUUCAAAAAGAAAGGUGGAGAUUUGAAGAAGGGAGUUGGUGGUGGUGAAUGGAGUGGUGGGAGAUUGAGGAAGAGAAUGAGUAGUGUUGGGGAAGUCAUGGAGAGGUCUCAACCAAAGAGGGCAAGAAUUGAUGAAGAAACGAUGACACUGGCUGAAUUACGGUCUGCAAUCAAGGGCAAAGCAAAGAAGGAAAAGUUGUCAAAAUUGAAGGUGAACAAAGAAAAAGAGAAGGCAAAAAAAGAGAAUGAAAAAAAGGAGAGGGCAAAGAAGGAGAAGGAUAGGGAGAGGGAAAAGAAGGAAAGGGAUAAUAAAAUAUCUGACAUUUCAAAGGAAAACAAGGAUUCAGAGACUCAGAGAUGCUCAUUGUUAAAGAAGAGCAAGGACAUAGGAUCACUGAAGAAUGGGGCUUUAGAUGAGAGUAAGGCUUUGUCAUUAGACGUGAAUAAAGUGUCAAAGAAAAGUCUCUCUGGUAUAAUGCCCGUAGAGGAUUCCGAUUUUUAUGAUUUUGAUAAAGACAGAGUUGGGAGAAGCUUUAAGCAAGGACAGGUUUGGGCUAUGUAUGCUGACGAUGAUGGGAUGCCAAGAGAUUAUGGUUUGAUCGAUGAAGUUGUUUCUGUGAAUCCUUUUGAGCUGAAAUUAAGCUGGUUAGAUUUUCAGGAUAGUGGAGACGAGGGGUUCCUUCGCUGGGAGAAAAUGGGUUUUCAUCUAUCUUGUGGGAGAUUUAAGGUUUCCAGGAAGACUUCUAUCAAUUCAGUGAAUAUAUUUUCUCAUGUUGUUGACUGCGAAAGGGCAGCUAGGGAGGUUUAUAGGAUUUAUCCCAAGAAAGGUUCUGUCUGGGCUCUUUAUGCUGACUCAACUUUUAGUGCUGAAGGAAGAAAUCUUACAAUUACAGACAGGCAGCGGCACUAUGACAUAGUUUUGUUCUUAACAACUUACAGUGUGAUGCAUGGUCUGAGCAUGGCGUAUCUUGAGAAGGUUGCUGGGUUCAAGACUAUAUUCAAGAGACGUGAGAUUGGUUCCCAUGCCAUUCGGUGGCUAGAGAAAGAUGAAGUUCAAUUGUUUUCACACCAAAUUCCUGCAAGGAAGCUCUCGGGUGAUGAAGCCCCGGAACUCUUGAAAGAUUGCUGGGAACUUGAUCCUGCUUCUCUUCCUGCAGAUUUGCUUUCAUGAUAGGGGAGAUGAGUUUUUUUUAUUGCAAUAUCACAGGGCUCCUUUGUACAGCUUUUUUCUUCGAUAGAGGGUUCCAGGAUGGCGAUACCCAGGUAAUUUUGACUUCUGUAGCAAAUGAGGGUUAUACAAUCAUAUAUUCUAUCCAUUUCACUGUCACCUAUGGGUUCAUAAAAAUAUGGCAUUGUAAGUGAAGAAAGAGGAUAUAAGAUUAAGCAUCGACUGUCAAUUGAUCAGAUUUUGACUAUAACGCACAUACAGACAUUUUGAUGUGUAUUGGUGUGUUUGGAAUAUACGGAUAUUGAAUUGCUGAAUCAUGUGAGAGUUGCAAGGAAUGUGUAGAGAUUGAGGUAGUUGAUAGCUGAGAUGAGAUCAUUGAUCAUUCUUUUUGUUUCCAUAAUGGUAUUGUACAGUGUUCUUUGUAGUCAUCACUAAACUAAGAAAAAAACUCAAUCCCACUCGGUACUUGAGGAAAAGGUUUCGUUUGUUAGCACUUCUGUCAGACUCAUGAUUUAAAAUCACAUUGUCAUUUUUAGCCAAAGAACUGAAAAGGGGAAAGAAUAGGGCCUUUAUAAAUUGUUCUGUAUAUUAUAAAGUGAAAGUUAUUGAGGAAAA